AUGGAAGAAGGACCAAAUCUUAAUCCCCACAAAAAAAUUGUCAGAAUAAACAGCAACUUUCGUAUCUGGUGAGACGUCUUCAUGAUUUCUAUGGCGCUUUUUGAAAUGUUCGCAGUUCCUUUUUACGUUGCAUUUUUUGAGGCCGAAUUCGAUACUUUCUUUUAUUGAAAUUUCCCUGUAAACAUGAUUUUUUGCAGCGAUGUUUUGUUGAAUUUUGUGACUACAUAUAUCGAUGAAAGCGGUGAAGAAAUUUUUGAUUACAGAAAAAUUGCAAGGAACUAUAUGAGAUUCAAUUUUUGAAUUGACCUUAUUGGCUCAUUGCCACUUGGCGACAUUUUGGCUGCAGCACUCAAAAGCCACCAGGAAUCCUAUUGGGCACUCGAUAACCUGCUGCAGCUAAACAGAGUUUUGAGAGCUGGAAGAAUAAUCCGGUAUAUCAGGACAGUCAAGACAAAAGUGAUUUACAAGCUAGUCCGUAUCAUUGUUUAUCUUAUCAUAUGGUUUCACUUUUCUACCUGCUUCUGGUGGAUUACUGUCAGUGUCCACGGCGAUUGAAUACCAUUCCCUGAUUUUCUCCCAAGGAAAACUGACGUCUGGCAUUCAAAUAUCUGAUAUCAGUUUUGGGCUGCAUGGUAUCAUGGCUCAUUUCUGGUAAGAGGCGGAGAAGUGGCUCCUAUUCAUUUUAACGAGACUAUGUUUGCGUCAGUUUUUAUUAUGCUUGGAGGACUCGUGACUGCUUUUUUGUUCAGAGAAAUGAUGUUCUUGUUGACAAUUUUAAGGCAGAAAAAGACCAAUUUUUAUGGAAAACUGGACAGGUCAAUAGAAGCGAUGAGCAAUAUGCAGCUUUCUGAAAGUUUGAAAAGGAAAAUACUGGACUAUAUAAUAUCAACAGAAGUAUCAUUAUCAGCCCAAGAAGAAUAUGAAACUUUUCAAAACUUUAUUUCGCCGUCCUUAUUAAAGGAAGUAUCGGCAUGUAUUUAUUAUCCUAUUAUAUCAUUAAACCCAAUUAUGAGCAAUGAAGAAGGCACAGUUGAAAUGAUUGUUAAGCAUUUAAGCAAUAUAUUUACAAGGCCUGAAGAGGAAAUUAUAAGGGUUGGAGACCCAGCGGAUGCUAUGUAUUUUUUAGUGCAUGGAGAAUGUAGCGUCAGUAUGCACGAUCGCUAUGGGUCAUUUAAAACUUUAUCAAUUCUUACCCCUGGCUCUCAUUUUGGAGAAAUUGGGAUUGCUUUUAACUCUUUAAGAACUGCUAACGUCAUCAGUCUUGGCUACUGCACAAUUGCAAAAUUAACGAAAACUGACUAUAACAACUGAAUAAAAAUGUUUUCCCAUUUAGAGCAAAAAGUAAAAAGCUACGCAUUUAGUUAUAAAGACCCUUGGAAAGAAUUUAUUAUAAGCUGCUUAAAGCAAGCCAAUUUUUUAGAAUUUUUGCAUCCAGACGCCCUUACUCCCCCCCCUCCGUGAGUGAACAAACAAAUUUUGUUCACUCACAGAGGGGGAUGAAAUUUUUUUUUUUAAAAAAAAUGAUAUAUAAAUUUUAUAGAAAAAAUUUUAUUUCGAAAUUUUAAAAAAAUCCUAAUUUGCAAAAAUUGGGAAGCAAAUAUUAUAAAAUUUAUGCUUUUAAAACGCGAUUUGUUUAAAAUUAAAUAGAAUUAGCUCGAGAUUUCAUUAUAAUAAUUAUGCUUUAUAUAUCAAUUUGUUUUCAUAAAAAAAAUUUUCUAUUAAAAAAAUUUUUGUUCACUCACGGAGGGUGGGUUUUUGGUCAAAAAAUAGGGAUUUUUCCAAUGGUUUGUUCACUUACGGGGGGGUUAGCGAAAUUGUCUAUAGUGCUGAAGUGACAAAGCUAGAAAAAGAUAUGUAUUUAUUCAAGCCUGGAGACCCAGUAUCAGCAAUGUAUAUUAUUGCUGAUGGUGCUGUUGAUUUAUCAAUAACCAUAAAUGAAAAACAUAUUCACACUCUCAAAAAAAGCGAAAAUAUUUUGGGAAUUGAAACCUCUCCAAGGAAAAAAACCAGAAGGCCAGUAAAAAAUACGGAUUAUGGGAAAUAUUAUAUGGAUAUCGGAUUUAUGAAAAAUCUGAAGCAUAGGGCUGAGGUCAUUCCUAUUAUGAAUGAUAAAGCUACAGUAGGGAGCAUUGGCCCUGGUGAAGCAAUCCCUGAUAAAACAAAAGCAAUAGGAAACUACCCCCAGGAAAUUAUAAUUGACACUUUAACACAAGGAACCUUAAUUAACCCUUACCUCAUGCUGUACAAUGAAACAAAUGAGCUCCAAUGCAAAACAAUCCAGCCCUCCACGAUAUAUACUAUAAAAGCCAGUUUAUUUGAAAAAUUAUCAGGAAAUAACAAUACAGACUGCAAGCGAGAAUUCAAAAAAUUAACCCAAUCAAGGCCGAGGACUGUAGAUUGGCUUGAUUAUUAUAAGCUUGAUAUUAAAAACGAAGACGCCAAGCAAAACUGGAAAUCGGCUAUAGUCAGAGUUAUAUUGGAAGAGAGAAAAGAAAGAAAAAGAUUUUUGUCGAGAUUUGGGGUUUUAUUAUCAAAACUUCACGCUGUAAAAGCUUGUGAAAAUGCUGGGAAUUUGGAUUUAGCUGAUAAAGUAAUCAGUGGACAAAUAGACCCAGAGUUGAUAUUAGAUGAUGGGACUUUGGAUAUUACAGAUACGAAACAGAUGAUAACUAAUUAUUUGCCGAGGAGUCAUCCUAUAAUGAAAGCUUUUAAUACUGCCAUUUCGUCAAUUUCGACUGCUGAAGGGCAUAUAUUAAAAGAAUAUAACACUUUGGAAGCUCAUAUUGACAGACAGUCAAAAACACUUAACAGUAUUGGGAACCAAAUUGAAGAUUUACAGUUCAAAAUGUCAAAAAUUAGCUUAAUUAUUUAUGGUCUUUAACUGAUGUCUGAAGUCAUUAUUUCCUAUAAUUUUAAGUAAUAAAAUGAAAAAAAACUUGUCUUUUUUUUUUGACAUAAAUCCUCCAUUUUAAUGAAAAAUGCCAAAAAUCAAUGAUGUGCUCCAUCGAGGAGGGCUUCACAAGCCAAGAAACAUCAAAUCUCCUGAUAUGAGAAAAUCAAUUGAUGGGAGAAAAUCCCCAGGCCUGGCACCAAUCAGAAAAUCAGCCCCAACUAGUGAAGAUAUAUUAGCUAGUCCAACCGACGAGCAGAUUCCUUUCUUUGACUAUGGCGAGCAAUAA